AUGGCCACUCAAACCGAAAGACCAGCACAAUAUAAACAGUCCUCUCGUAAGGGCAAGAAGGCCUGGAGAAAAAAUAUUGAUAUCUCGGAUAUCGAGAAAUCCAUUCAGAAGCGUAACGAUGAGGAGAUUACACACGGCUCGAAAGACCUAACGAGCUUGGCAAACAAAGAUCUGUUUCAGGUAGAUACUGAGGGUGACGAGCAAUUGAAACGCAAACUUAUCAAGCGCAAGCAGAUCAAGAAAAAUCUGAAGUCAGCGGAAAUCCUCGAGUCUAUACAAUCCAGAUCCAAGGUUCCAGCUCUGUCGCAUCCCAAGCGUGGCUUGAAGGAGCAGCAGAAGAAAGAAAAAAUCCAAGGUGUGUCUAAAAAAGAAGUCAGACGUUUGAUGGCCCUAGCGGGAAGAAUUGACGGCGAGAGUAAGCUAAAAAAUGCUGUAUCCAAAAGAGGUCUCGUAAGAGCAGGUGCAAACACUGACUUGUGGGGUGCGGAGGAAGAGGUGAAAACUCCUUCUGGAAUCAAAAUGUCGGUAAAGACAGGCCAGGAAAUACCGGAAGAAUUGAAAAAGCUCUCCACCACGGGGUGGUCUAAGGCGACGGUGGCUCCAAACACCAUUACCAGAUCGCCUGUUAUGGUCAAGUCCAUUGAUCAAUCUCCUCAUGCCGGUAAAUCUUACAAUCCUAGUAAUUCGAGCUGGUCUCAGCUGAUAGAUACCGAGUACGAGGGCGAGAAAGCCAGAGAAGAAACUCGGCUACAAAUGGAAGCCUACAAAGCCAGAAUUAGUGAUCUCAUGCAGAGUUUGGACGAUGAGGAGGAGGAAGAGGAUUCAGAUGACGAUGAAAAGUCUGAUAAAGACGAGGAGCUGGAUGCUCAAGAAAAUGCUGAAAUAAAACUCUCCCUCAACAAACCAGUCGUCAACAAGAAAAAAACGAAAUACCAAAGAAACAAGCAAAAGAGACAUAACGAUAAAUUGGAACUACAUUCUGAGCUCAAACAGCUGAAGAGUCAACUACGCCAGUUGGAGCAGUUCGCAGAGCUUCAAAAGAGCGUCGAGGAAGCCGAGGCUGCCCGUACUGAAAGGACAAGUCAAAAAGUCACAAAGCCCGCAAAAGGCAGUAAGAAGCACAAGCUAGGUACCAAACACUCGGUGAUUGACGAUGGUUUGGAAGUCAAGUUUUCCGACGAGUUGUCCGACUCAUUGCGCAAGCUAAGACCCGAGGGCAACCUUCUUUACGACACUGUGCGGAAGCUACAAGGAUCUGGUAAAAUUGAGGCCCGUGUGCCGGUCAGAAAGGGCAGAAGAUACACACCUAAGAUCACCGAAAAAUGGACUUAUAAAGAUCUCAAAUAA